AGCUACAGUAGCUAUAAAUAAUAUUUGACUCUCUCUUUUCUUAGUUCUUUAAACUGCACCUGCUGAGGUCAUUUGCAGGAGUAGCCUUGGCCUACUUUUGCUGCUGUUGACUCAGUAGAGAAGAAUUAGGCCAAUACUUAGUGCUUGUGAAAAUUCCUGUCCUAAAUGUAUUUGAAUUUGCCUCAGCCUUGCACUUCUGAUUUGUCUUUUUGGAAUAGACCAAAGUAGCUGGUACUGUGUGCUACAGAGGAACAGUGGGAACAAGCAUCAUUAGUUCCAAAGUCAUUCUGUGGCAUGGGGAGGAGUAGAAAACAGUGAACCUGAAGUAAAUGGAUCGUGAUGACCUCAAACCGUGAGAGUCUGCUGCAAUUUUAGCUUAGUUUGCAUAAUCCUGGUUGUUAUGCCUGCUUUAAAGUCUUAAUUGCUCAUGUACCUUUGUAGCCUUCAGUCCUCCAGGUAAUGUAAAAUAUGAGUCACUCUAGAAAGGCUCAGUCAUUGCUACUGGCAGCCAGAAUAUGAGUCUGUUUGGGAUGCAGGAUCAGUGUUUUUACACCUUUCUGGAAGUACUGAGAUGGUUAUUGUUGAAGGGCAGCCAUGUCUUCUUUUUUUCUUUCUGAGCUGCAAGGCAAUUUUAAAAAAGGAACACAAAGCAGUUACUGGAGGACACAGCAGUUCUGACAGAUGGACUGGGGUCAUGUUCAGUAUUCAUGUAUAGUUUCAGGUUCAAAUUUGGAAUUCUCAAGGUAAUCAUUUAAAUUACUCUGAAACAUUAAUAAAAUAUUAAUAAGAUCUUGGGCAAAUGGCACACAUCAUUCUUGCCUUCUUUGGGGCAAGUAAAAAAAAAAAAAAAAAAGCCUUUUCUUGGGUCCAUGUAGUAAAUUAAUUUGUAGGAAUACAAGAAAAUUGGAAAGCCCUAUUUUGGAAGUGCUCUCAAAAUACUUCAGGCAUUCUCUGUCAGAUUUAUCCUACCUGUAUCCCACCCUUUGCUUAAGCACCCCAGGUUAGGUGGCUGAGUCACUUUCAACUCAUUUGAAUUCUAGAAACGUGCCUAUCUCUCUCUGAUUACAAAAAGACAAAUGAUUUUGGCAAAGGAGAACUGAAGUGCUUGGCUGAGUGCCCAAAGUCUAUGUCUAGACUAUAUCAACGUUAGUGAGCAGAGCAGUGCAGUAAAAGUGGGCCUUUUCAAGUGAGUCAGUUAUGGCGAGUACUCCACAUUGGCACUGAGAUAGAACUAGUCAGGAUGAGCUUGAGCCUGGUGCCAUGGAUGAAGUGCUGCCAUCACUGGAUGCAUUCCUGGAGCACAUCUUCUGCUGUAGUUUUUCCAAAAGGAAUUUGGUGUCCAUACUCCAAGACUGUCCUGCAGAUUAACCCAAAAUAUGAUCAGAGGUGGUGAUGAGACGAUUUGAAGAGUUCUUACAUCAUGCUCAUUGGCUUUGUGAAACAGACUUAGCGGAACUUGCUUUCUCACCUGAUUUUUGGAAACUGGGGAUUAUUUCUACAGUACUCGAGGCCACACCUCAAAUCUGGAGAAGAGAAGGCUCAGGGGAGACCAUAUAGCACUCUACAACUACCUGAAAGGAGGUUGUGGCAAGGUUUUUGUGACUCUUCAAGAAAAAAUGAAUGGAUAACUCAACAACGAGUGAGCUUAGUUCAGGGCUUUUCUCACAGUGCAGGCAGGCAGGAAUUUCUAUGGGAUGCAGAUCAUGCUGCUAGAAUGCAUUUGGGUGAAGGAUGAGUUCUGCAUUACUCUCAGGAGUCUUCCAAUACAUUUGCUUGAUUACCUUUUAAUGACAUUCUAAGUGAGCUGAUGUGAAAUAAAUGACCUUGAAUCAUGAGUGAAGAAAAAAACUUCGGUGCAUCCCAGAAAAUGUUGUCUCCUUCAAGAAGUACUAGCAGCUGCUCCUCUAAGCAGGGAAGUCGACAGCAGGACAGCUGGGAAAUAGUAGAAGGACUCCGGGGGGCAAUGAAUUGUACCCAGGAACCACAGAAACAGGAAGGCUGCUUGCUGAAGAAAAGAAAAUGGCCUUUGAAGGGCUGGCACAAGAGAUACUUCUUUUUGGACAGAGGGAUUUUGAAGUAUUCUAAAUGCCAAGCUGAUAUAGAGAGAGGGAAACUUCAUGGCUGUAUUGAUGUUGGACUUUCUGUCAUGUCUGUAAAGAAAUCAACAAAAUGUAUAGAUUUAGAUACCGAAGAGCAGAUAUAUCAUCUGAAGGUGAAAUCUCAGGAGCUGUUUGAUGAAUGGGUAGCAAAGCUUCGUCAUCACAGAAUGUAUCGUCAGAAUGAAAUCUCCAUGUUUCCUCAUGACGUCAAUAAUCUUUUCUUCCCAGUAUCUACUACUGUGGACUCUGGCCCUGGUCUGUGUGAUUUGACUCCAAGUAGAAAGGCAGGAAGCUUGACCAAACAGAACUCUCUGUCAGCUGGUGGUAACUUGUCGUUUUCCUUUUCGAGUAAUGAGUCCAGGAUUCCAUCUUGGCUACAGUCUUCUGAAGACAUGGAAAAAUGCUCAAGAGAUCUCUCCACUUGUCAUGCAUAUUUACUGGAAAUGAACCAGCUGUUACAGAGCAUGGAUGUUCUUCACAGGACCUGUUCAGCACCUGCUAUAAAUGCUAUGCAGGUUGGACCUUUUGAAAGCCCAAAGAAGGAAAAGCGAGCACAUAGGAGGUGGCGAUCUAGAGUUGUUGGGAAAGAGGCUAAAGGAACAUUACAGGUGCCUUCAGUGUUUUCUGCCCCUAUGAGACUACAUGCUUCCAAUCCUAACUUAUCUACAAUAGAUUUUGUAGAAGAGAAAAACUACUCUGAUGGCUCUGAAACAUCAUCAGAAUUUACUAAAAUGCAGGAGGACUUAGUUCAUAUUGCACAUAAAGUUUACUUCACCUUGAAGUCAGCUUUCAGCAGUAUAUCUACAGAGAGAGAAAAGCUGAAGCAGAUGCUGGAGCAUGAGGCAUCAUCAUCUCCAUCUGCACAAAUAGUUGGCUUGAAGAAUGCCUUAACAUCCGCAAUAGCACAAAACACAGAUCUAAAAGACCGGUUACGCAGAAUACAUGCCGAAUCUAUGAUCCUUGAUUCAGCAUCUAAUGCAAAAUCAAGUCCAGAUUUGGUGAAGGAAAAUUCAAGAGAAGAAAACAGAGGUCUGGUUCACCAGAUCUCCAACGAAAGCAGACUGUCUAUUGCUGACUCUCUCACAGAAUUUUUUGAUGCACAGGAAGUCCUACUGUCUGCUAGCUCUUCAGAAAAUGAGGUAUCAGAUGAUGACUCAUACGUAAGUGAUAUCAGUGAUAAUGUCUCCGAAGAUAACCUAAGCAAUGACAUAGAGAAUGAAAGACAAACUUUAGACUGUAUUUCUGAAAGUGGAAUUGGAUGCCAUUCUAAACGGAGAACAUGUUUACCAGCUCCAUGUCCCAAUACUAGUAACAUCAGCCUAUGGAAUAUCCUGAGAAACAACAUAGGAAAGGAUCUCUCUAAAGUGGCCAUGCCUGUGGAAUUGAAUGAGCCACUUAACACCCUUCAGCGUCUCUGCGAGGAGCUGGAAUACAGCGAGCUACUAGAUAAAGCAGCUCAUACACCUAACCCAUUUGAACGGAUGGUAUAUAUAGCUGCAUUUGCAGUAUCUGCGUAUGCAUCCAAUUACUACCGAGCUGGAAGUAAGCCAUUUAACCCCGUUCUUGGAGAAACCUAUGAAUGUAUUCGUGAAGAUAAGGGUUUCCAGUUCUUUGCAGAACAGGUCAGUCACCAUCCACCUAUUUCUGCAUGCCAUGCUGAAUCUGUGAAUUUUGCUUUUUGGCAAGAUGUAAGAUGGAAAAACAAAUUCUGGGGAAAGUCCAUGGAAAUCGUUCCAGUUGGUACAACACACGUAACUCUUCCAGCUUUUAGAGACCAUUUUGCAUGGAACAAGGUGACAUCUUGCAUCCAUAACAUCCUAAGUGGACAAAGAUGGAUUGAACACUAUGGAGAGAUCAUCAUCAAAAAUCUUAAUGACGACACUUGUUACUGCAAAUUGACUUUCAUAAAGGCAAAGUAUUGGAAUCCAAAUGCACAUGAGAUCGAAGGCAGUGUCAUGGAUAAAACUGGGAAUGUUGUGCAUCGACUCUUUGGGAAGUGGCAUGAAAGUUUGUACUGUGGGACAACUUCAUCUUCAAAAUGCAUAUGGAGAGCAAAUCCAAUGCCUAAAGAUUAUGAACAGUGGUAUGGAUUUACUCAGUUCGCAUUGGAGUUAAAUGAACUGGACCUGCAAACGAGGUCAUUGCUCCCAUCCACCGACACACGCUUUAGACCAGACCAAAGGUUUCUUGAAGAAGGAAAUAUUGAAGCAGCUGAAAUGCAAAAACAGAGAAUUGAGCAGCUACAGAGAGAACGACGGAAGGUGCUGGAAGAAAACAAUCUAGAGCAUCAGCCUAGAUUUUUCAGGAAAUCCAAAGAUGACUCCUGGGUGAGCAAUGGAACCUACAUGGACCUUAGAAGAGAACCGGGUUUUUCCAAACUGGACAAUCCUGUGCUCUGGUGAAGAGGAGCCAAGUGAAGAUAUUCCAUGCUGUAUUCCUGGAUCUGAUUUAAAAGAAGUAUAUGUGUAUAUAUAUAUAUUUAUACACACAUAUAAUAUAUGUGUGGGUGUGUGUAUGUGUGCAAGUGUGCGUAUCUCCAGAAUUGUGCUUAAUUUAGAAUCUGAUAAUUCAUUUUCUCUACUCUGUUUCAAUGAUUGUUUGAAUGUACAAAUACCCUAACUUCUUUUUAUAAAAUAUUUAAUAAAUAGCACUGAAUGUUAACAAGUAGAGGGAAAAGAGGAGCUUUUACACUACUUUUCCAAUGUGUAAUAAUGUCAGUUAAGAGUUAACUUAUGCCUUAUCGAGUUGCAUUGAAGACGGUAGCAUCAGCAUCUCCUAGCUGUGCUGAGAAAUGAGCGUUAAGCCUUAGUGACUCUGUAAGUAGGCUUCCACAGUUCAGUGAGUAAUUCAGCUGUCUAUGGACUGGUCUAAAUUGCUAAAACAGAUUAUCAGCCAGUGCUGAAAUCUGUGUACAAUCUUUUGCUGCUUGUGGAAAAGAUUUAAAUAAGCUUUUCUUUCUAUUAGCUUUCUUACUAGCAUUAUUGGAAGGGGGAGUUCUGCAGUUACAUCAGUGGAUCAAGUCAUAAACGUAAGCUGUACCUGGCUAAAAGUAGUGCUAGAAAUUCAGGAAUCGCCAAAAUUUUCCACUGAGAAUCUUCAGAUUUAUAGUCGCCAACAGGGCACGAGGAGAUCUUUUGUAUAUAAUGUUUGAGCACUGUCUGGAUGAAGCAGCUCUCUCUUUUUGUGGGAAGUAAUACGUAUACAGAGCACAAAAUCCUGUGCUUCCAUAGCUUCAUUUGUUUUUAUUAACCUAAAAACUGCAACAGUAAGACUUUUUAAAAAGUAAGCAAACUAACUGAUUGUUUUAAGCUGGAAAUUUUUUCUUAGUAUUUUGAUAUUUUCUACCUCUUAAGAAAUAAACGACAUAUUUAAGAUCUUAUAUUUAAAAAAUGACCAUCUGCCUUAUGGAGAAACGUAUGGAAUCUUUUGAUCUUCCUCUGUUUGUUUGUUGUAUUCAGAUAAGCAUUCGAGUGUCUUGCACUAAAUCAGUUGCAUCGCUUUCCUGUGAUUUUAUACACUUGGAUAGAUUUGCGAAAGCAUUAAGUCAUUGAUUAAAAUAUAACAGGGAAAAAAUGUAGCAGAAGCCUCGCUUUGAGUCAAGAUUACAGUGAUGGGCAGUACCUUUUUUGUUUUCCAUGAAAUCACAAUGCUAUGUUCACUAACAGAAUAAUUUGCAUUCCUACCCAUCCGCAGUUCAAGCCUGACUCAUGACUCUUCAGAUUUGUUCUGUGUGUCUGUGACUCUCUGGCAUCAACGUGGAUUUCAGGUUUAGAUCAGUGUCCACCACCACUCUCUUUUCUUACAUACCAUUACAAAAAAAUAAACCCUGUCUAUGAUAAACUCUGUUUAUGUGACUUACAACUGCAACGUUUGGAUGAUGCAUGGUUAAGAGUGACUCUUAGAAGGACGAGUAGCUUAGAAAAGCUUACAGCUUACCGUAUGCUGCUUUGUUCUAAAGAAAACCCAUUAAAAUUGAUCAAUAUAAUACUUGUAACAUGAAGCAUAUACUAUGAAAACCUCCAAAUCUGUGAUAUCAGUUUAGAUGUAUAUUUAAAUUUUGCUUUCUGCUGCCUUGAAGCUUCACUGUGUCACAGGCAGAUAAAUAUUUUCUCACUAUCAUUCACUUCGCUCAGGAACUCUGGGCUCACUAUCAUUUCUGUAAUUUAUCACCAAAAAUGUUAGCAUAUUUUCUUAUACUUAAUGUGUCUUUUAAAAACUCAGCUAGCGCUCCAGCAGCUUGCAAGAAGGCAUGGUUCAAGUCAGCACGAAAACAAAAUCUGGGCUUUUAUUCAGAAGGGAAUCUUAAGGGAACCUUUGGGGACUGUUUGGCUUUUCAAGGAAAACGAAGAUCUCUUCAUGACUUGAAUCCUUCUUGUUUUAUUCUUGUGAUAUCCAAACUUGACACAGAAAUGAGUGGAUAUUUGUAGUUAUCCUUGUUGUUUGCAAUUACCAUCGAUAACUAAUAAUUACAUGCAUUUAAUAACAAAGGAGGGUAGGAGAAAGGAGGGGAAAAAUGCUGUUAAGAAAAGGAGUAACAUUUGUGGUGGAUGCACUGAACUUGCUCAUUGUCAUAUUUGGCAGCUGUUGUGAUUAUUGUCUAAUCUGAUUGCUGGUUUUGCAUUUUCGAUGUAUGGAGUGGAUUUUCCCAUACUUUGUCAUAUGAACUAAUAGUUAACAGCAUUCAAAAUAAAGGGAUUAGGGGCAAAAAAGCGAGCUUAAAGAACUGUAAUGCAUUAAAGUCUGUGGGUGUUAAACAAAACUAAUCUCAUUUUGAUGUUUGAGUCAUGAGUUUUGAGAAAUCCAACUGGCAUUGUUUUCCUGUAUCUUACAAUCUGAAAUGUCAAAAAGACACUUGGUUCAAGACAAGGAGCAGUGAGCUGGGAAGUGCCUUAUAGAGAAACAUUGUUUUCUUUAGCAAAAUCCCCAUAUCAAGAAGGCAAACAUCAGAAUUUCACUGCUUUCUUCAGUAAGAUAAUGCCUGAGAUUAUGCUAGGCAUUUUUUUUUUUCUUUAGAUAAAGCAAAAUUGUUGCAUUAGUAGAAGCUCCUUCUGUAAAUCUGUGGUCCACAUCUGACAACUGGUGUAACCAGUGGUGAAUGAUCCUCUGACCAAUGUUUCCAGCUGCAGUAUAGUUGUCCCUGCCUAUGUUUGUGUGAAAGAGUUGGGUUUAAUUGCUAAGCUUCUGUCAACUGUAUAUUAAGAAGUGGAAAGAAAUUGUCUUGAUGUUAUUUCUCUGUAUUUCUGUAUAAAAAUAUAUUAAUCAUUCACAAACUUUAAUAUUACUCUAUAGUUAUUCUUGGUGAAAUGUGAAAUUUGGUUUUCCCCCAAAAAACUUCAGAUGUGUUAGAGUGCAUAACUUCCAUUCUCUUCCAGCAAUGCACCAGAGGAGAUCUGUUGUUUUCAAUAACUGACAUCUGGGGACUUCAUCCCCACAUUUCUACCCUGAGUGGUAGAAAUAAAAUGUUGGUGACUGACUUUUCUUUCCUGCAAAGCAGUGAUUCCCAAACUGUUCCGCUCAGUGCAUCGAUCUUAACAUUUCCUGAGGACUAUUGCCUCCUGUUUUAGCACUCUUACUUGAUGACAUUGUAAGCAUUGCUUAAAAUAACUCAGGGGGACAUUUUGAGCACCACUCAUCUAGUUCCCCCCUUCUCUGUGCACCCCUUCACAGAGCAAAAAACUCACUAUGAAUUUACAUCAAGGUAAUGGAACAGCUCAUGCUUUCUAGUUUUACAACACUGACUCAGUUUUCGGGUUGCACAGCAAAGAGAGAAAAGGUCCCAGGGAAACAGUGUUCAUAGAGACAGAAACCCACAGCUGUACUUCCAGAUUUACAGGCUUGACACUUAGAAUCAGAUUUUAGUGCAAAGUUUGGUGUUACAAAACAGCGUAACUUGUUCAGGACACUGCUCUUGGUAGUACAAAGGGCUGUGUAGACCGAGCAGCAGUAGUGUGUGCCGUUCAUCAUUGCAUUCCUUUCUUAAUCUUUACUCUCUGAUAUAUAUGCUUUGUGUUAAUUUGCCUGCAUUAAUCUAUUUUUGGGUGCUUUCGAAAUACAGAUUCAGUCAACUAUUUAGCUUCUUCACACAGAGCUUGGGUAAUCUACCUUUAUGCAUAACUUAUACUCCUUUGGAGGAUCUGAAGCAGGUUUCUGGUUUCUUUUAAGACCUGGCCCCUGGAGGAGGUGGUGGUUGCAGACACAGUCACCUUAUGAUUUGGCAGCUUACUGUUUAGUAUCCCUGAAAGAGUUUCAGGCUGUUGAGAUGAGGUCACUGGACAGAAAGGAAGACAAAGGAACAUACAACCAGGGGCAGCAUUGAGGUUGGGGAAAGGUUCAGUGCUGUCCUUAAAUAAAAAAUAAAGUCUCUGCCCUUCAAUUUCCCCCAGCUGCUUACGCUGCUUUUAGGCCCCCUCACAUCUAAAGGUUCUUAUUCAAUGUCCCAUUUUCUCUUUAUUAAAAAAAAAAAAUCCUGGAAAGUAGUAGAACAUCCCAUUCUGACAAGCUUUUAAAUGACAAAACGUAGUUACUUGUUUUCCAUAAACAUUGUGGCCUAUUUCUGUACUUUUGCCUUGACUGUGAAUGGGACUUUCUUCACGCUGGCACUCUGGUGUCAGACCACAGCCUGGUAACAGUGCAGCUACAUCUGCUCAGCGUACUCCUUGUUAAUGUUCUUCCAUCUGUUUUGGUGUCAAUCUGUUCUAUUAUGUCUCUGAAGGAUCAGCAUUUCAGAGCUGAAAAUCUUCAGCAUAUCUUAUUUUGUUCAGAUUUUGUAUGUAACUCAUAGGAAGUGGGGGCGUGCUGAAGAGGAAUACAAAACCCAGACUACCACACCUAUGUAAGAGUGAAGGGUGAAAUCCAUCUUCUCCACAUGACUGAGUACACCUUGCACGAGCUGGAGUUGGAUGGUGCUAUUCAAAGGAGUGAUGCUAAAACACAAGGCUCUUUAGAUUAGGUAUGUUUUCAUUCAUGGAUUUUGCCUCAUCCUUUCUAUCUUCUAGCUACUGGUCGGUGUGACUUAGUCCAGCAGCUGGAGUUGUUAAGGACUUGCAAAUCUCAUCUGGUUUAUCUAUUGAAACUUAGUAAGUGCUGUAACUUACCACCCAACACAGUGUUGUGCCGCUCAGUUCUUUGAUGCUGUCCUUGCUGUAGCUUUUGAAAGCAAUAAGAGAAAUUUCCCACAUAAAUAGUUACUGUAUGUUAAAAAAAUAUUUUAAGUGAUUCUUCUUAUAUAUACAAGUCGUCAAUUUGGUGUUACUGCUGUAUAAAACAGAACUGUAUUACAAUGAAUGGGAAAGUUUUGGAGGCUGAUCGACUGGAAAUGCUGAGCUCUUUCAUCUCCACAUCUCUGGGCUGAUGGUGAGAAUAUUUGGUAUUCCCGAGAACUGUAUUUAUGUUGAGUGUUUUACUUGGUCCAGUACUGGAAAAACAUGCUGCAAGUAUGAGGUAUUACAUAUGCAAUGCUGCUAAAUACUGACUUUGUUGUAUGUUCUGAUAGGGCGUUAAUGAUUUUGGGAUGAAGAAAGUUAUCUUCUGUGUUAAAAUGACCACCAGAGUUCAGUUUUUUGAGAAUAUUUUCUGUAGUCAGCAUCGUUCCUUUUUUCUGCUUCACUUAAUGCAAAGAUCUGUAAGAACGUUGGAGCACCUGGGUGCACAAUUUUAUUUACAUUUUUGUCUCUGUUACCAAUUUAGUUGGAUGUUAAUAAAUCAUACUUGCAAAAGGCC